AUGGACCUCGUUGAUUCGAAAGCGCAAACCGACGUCCAGUCCAUCGAGCAGCAGUUGGCUGAUCGUAUUGAAAAUUUUGAAUCGCAGAUGCGGCAAAUGGACCGUGAGCAGAUGAGCUCGGGGAGGCACCCAAACCUGAAGCCAAUCACUGUUUGGGUCGAUUUCAAAGGAGAGAAGGUCCAGGAAGUGAGUCGACUUACUAUACAAACUUUUUCAAAUGUAGCUUCAGGUGUGCGUGUACCCAAUGGGCCUCCCGCGCUCAUGUCCCCACGCGUGGAUUGUCGCUGAGCCAACUCAAAUCACCGUUGAAAAUCGUAAGAUUCUGUUGGAAGUAAACACCGAGGACUCUCCGUUGACGGAUGCUUGUGUGGCGGAACUCGUUCGUAUUAUCGGAAAAAGUUCAGUGGUGGUCGGCCUUAACUUGAUCGGUGCGAACUUGACCCCGACAGCUAUGCAAGUCGUGCAACAGUUUGGAAUUGAGAGAGUGGUUGUGGAACUUGUCUCUGAUUCUGCUAUUUCUCCGGAAAUUGAAACGUUGGAACCGGUGAGUGACAUAUAAAAUGGGAAUUCUGAAAGUGCAAGUAUUUUUCCGUUUUAGAUCACUUCGCUCGUCGUCAAAGGAAUUAACAGCGUGGAAAGCUUGGAGUGUUUCAGAAACACCCCAAAUCUCGUCAAUGUCACUGCUCAACUCCAAAAUGACGAAGCCAGCAAGAACUUGCUGUCCGACCUGAUUUCCGAAUGGGAACAAGGGAAGCGCCACAUCAAUCACUGGGUGAUUCACUAUCCGGAAGAAUGGGCGCUCACAAAUCAGGACUACAAACGAGAAGAUCAGAACGACCACAGUGUUCUGCUCCGUAGAAUCAAGGAGGAGUUCGAUGGUGGAGCCAAGGCAGUGUACACUUUUCGCCCAGUCCGUACUUCUCUGGUCACUGGUCUGUGA